AUGGUAGUUUUAAACCCUAACAACUGGCACUGGGUCGAUAAAAAUACACUGGGAUGGACCAACGAUUAUUUGAAUCGUCGUUUCACUAACUGGCAACAUUCCAACGAUGAGUACUUAGUCACCGUGGAAAAACUAAAGUCCUGUAGCGGAGACUCUAACGUUUCACAAAGGAAGGGUAAGGUGAUCUGCUACUUUGACUUGCAUUUGGAGUUUGAUGCAGUGCUCACGAAGGAGGGGGAAGAAGUUUGCAGAGGGACCAUUACCGUCCCAGAGUUUAUGCAUGACGAAAGCGAUUUCGAAGUUAACUUAAAUUCCUUUGGAUCUAAUAAAAACGUCGUCAGGGAUGUCGUGUUGGAAAGGUUUGUUUCGGAUCUACUAUCUUAUCAACAAGAACUGAUCGACUCGCAUUCGCAAGAUUUACAACAGUGA